AUGUAUUUGUAACUGUUACCACCAACCGCAUCUUCCCCUAUAAUCUCCCAUUUCUCGACAGCAUACCCUCGACCACGACAAGCUACGCAGCGACGCAAGCCAUGGUGACCUCACCCACCGCCUCAUCGUCGCAACGAGCAAUCGACGACGCUCGCAUCGCCUCAGUCAUCUCAAAUCUCGACAGCAUCAACCAGCACCUCGAGUCUUCAGACCCCUUCCAGAUCCUCGAAUGGGCCAUUGACAACCUGCCUGGGCUCUACCAGACAACUGCCUUUGGCGUCACCGGCUGCGUCUCUCUUGACCAGAUCGCUCGCAUCAGCGAAACCCGCGCACGCAGCAAGGGUGAGCCAAACAAGCAUCUCGUCGACCUCAUUUGGUGCGAUACGCUCUAUGGCUUCCCUCAGACUGUAGACCUGGCAUACAGGGCAGCAAAGCACUACGACGCUAAGAUGCACAUCUACCGCCCUGAGGGAUGUGACACCGUGGGGGAAUUCGAGAGCAAGUGGGGCUCUCAGCUCUGGGAGCGCGACGAGGACACGUACGAUUACAUCGUCAAGGUGGAGCCAGCUCGCCGGGCCUACCAGGAGCUUGGCGUUCGCGCCGUCUUCACAGGUCGUCGCCGCUCGCAGGGAGACGAUCGCUCCAACCUCAAGGCCAUCGAGGUGGACGAGACGGGCCUUGUCAAGGUGAACCCCUUCCUCAACUGGUCCUUUGCGCAAGUAGACGAGUACGUCAAGCAGAACGCUGUGCCGUACAACGAGCUGCUGGACAUGGGCUACAAGAGCAUCGGCGACUGGCAUUCCACGGCCAUGCCUGGCUCUGACGGUGGGGAGCGCUCCGGCCGCUGGAAGGACAAGGGCGGGAAGACCGAGUGCGGGCUGCACACUGAUUACUUCAAGAUGAAGAGGAUCGCCGAGAAGAAGGUGAGCAAACCGCGAGCCGCGUCACGGCAGCCAUGUCCACGAUCACUGACCUCCUCUUUCCCCUCUUCUCCACGCUCGUAGAUGCGCGAAGCAGAACUGGCAAGGCGCGACGAGGCAAAAGACAAGGUCGAUAUCGUCGCUGCGGAUCCGGACGCCGAUGUUGGCGUGCAGCCCAUCGUCGAGCCGUAGCAAGCGCGCGAGUCGCUCGUCAUCAACACCAACCUA